AUGGAUAAUUUCGGUCUAGUGCCGAUGGAUGAAGCAUCAAGAUAUGAACCAAUGGGCGAAGCAUCAGAAGAUGGACCAAUGGAUGAAUUAUCAGAAUAUGAGCUAGUGAAUGAAGCAUCAGAAGAUGGACCAAUAGAUGAAGUAUCAGAACAUGUGAAAACACCACCAAGAAAUCAGAGAGAUUUUGAUUCGAAGGAAAGAAGAAAUAAUUUUAAUCAAGAAACCUCUUAUGCAACAAAUUCACGACAACCACGAAACAGAUAUUACGAUUAA